CUACAAGCCAUUUGUGCUACAGGAUAUUAAUGGUAAUAAAGUAAAGGCGAUGGCAUAUGGGCAAGAUAUUUCUGUUUUGGAUCAAAGAUUAGAUCUUUACAAGACCUAUCUCAUUUCUAAUGCGGGGGUCUCUGAGGUGUAUGCAAAUUUCAGUGUGUCGGAUGAACAUUACAAAUUUCUUUGGUCGCUCAACAGAAGGACAUUGAUUCAAGAUGUGGAUGAGGAGGAUAAAAUAGUUGUGCAGGGAAAUUCAGAAAUUAUUACUACACCAUUUUCUUGCUUCUAUGGCUCCAUGGCGAAGAGGGAAUUGAUUAAUGUGUUUGGUGCCAUUUUCAAAAAACUCCCGCGGGAGUUUGUUAUUACUGAUAGGAAAAAAAGGCAGCGAACGAUUUUGUCAUUCUUGAUGAAGAAUCACAACCAAUCAUCUUCACAAUGUGGGAUGAGUGUGCUAGCAUUCAAGGCGCGCGCUGAAAUUCAAAAGUUACUGGAAGUGAGAAUACAUCCCAUUAUACUUGCUAGGCGUGUUGCUGUGACUACUUAUCAAGGACUAUCACUAUCCACAAGAUAUGACACAAGCAUAGAGUUAAACCCUAAAGGCCAACAUGCUGCUGCUCUAAAAGAAUGGAGAGUUGCAAAUGCACAAGCAAUUCAACAAAUCAACAGUGAAGAAUUGUACAUGGACUCUCUUAUUCGAUUUGGACAUCCAGAUUUGCAAAAAAAAACAAAUAUUUGUGACAUGAA